CUGACAGCAAAGACUCGAUCAGGACCGGACCUUGCCUUCACUGCCACUUUGCAAGAUGUUGAAUCACUGGACACCGAACCGAGAGUGAUCGCGCUGCAAACAUGUCCUCGCUGGCGCUGGAGGAGCUGUGUCACCUGACUGCACAGUCUCUGACCUCACUAGAGCUCCCCGAUCACUUCCGAGUCAUCAAGCAGCUGGGUGAGGGAUCAUAUGGGGAGGUCCUGCUUGCCAUACACAAGGAAAAAGGUACUCCGAUGGCUCUGAAGCUCUGUCCUCGCAGGUCCAGCUCUAGGCUCUCAUUCCUGCGUGAGUACUGUGUCUCUCUCUCUCUCUCCGCUCAUCCCUCCAUCAUCGGCGUGUUUGGGAUCGUGUUCCAGACUCCGCUGCUCUUUGGCUUCGCUCAGGAGGUGGCAGCGUGGGGAGACCUCUUCCAAAUCAUCCUGCCACAGGUGGGAGUGCCUCCUCUCUGGGCUCAGCGUGUUCUCUCUCAGCUCUCUCUGGCUCUUGAUUUUCUUCACUCCAAGGCUCUGGUUCACUGUGACGUGAAGCCCGAGAAUGUUCUGCUGUGCGGCCCGGAGUGCCGGCUGGUCAAGCUGUCGGACUUUGGCCUGACGAAACACAUGGGGUCCCGAAUCCGAGGGACCAGGGGACCCGUGCCCUACAGCGCCCCCGAGCUGACUAUAGAGGGGGAUGAGGGGGAGGGGGGAGGUGAUGAAGGGGAGGGACUGAGUGACAUCGGGGGUGAUGUCACUGCUGCUGCCGAUAUCAGUGGCAAUGCUAAUGCUAAUGCCAAUGUUAAUGUCAGUGGCAAUGCUAAAGUCCCUGCUGCUGCCCUCUCCCCCGGGCCGUGGCGGCUGGCUCUCCCCAGUCUCGACUCCUGGGCGCUGGGCGUGCUCACCUUUUGCCUGCUCACAGGGUGCUUCCCCUGGGAGAGGAGCUGCCCCUCCGACCCGCUCUACAAGGACUUCAGUCGCUGGUUCGAGAGCCGGGAUGAUGCUGGGGGGACUGGGAGGACUGGGAGCUCUGGGGUUGAACUGUCUGCUGAUGAGGAUGAGAAAGAAAAAUUGGGCAUUGCGCACCUCCCCCCCGCUCAGUUCCGUAGCUUCACCCCUCUUGCUCUCUCACUCUUUCGGGGGCUCCUGACCCCCGACCCCCAGGUCAGGGCCACGCCCAGAGAGGCCCUUCAAUACCUGAGAGGCCCCUGGGUGAAUGAGAGAGAGGGGGAGGGAGAGAGAGGAGAGGGAAGGGUGGAAGGUGAGAGAGGAGGAGAGACAGGAGGAGAGAGGGAGGAAGAGAGAGGAGAGGGAGGGGGGACAUCUGCUAAGACUCAGCCCUUCAUCUCUCUCAGUGUGGAGCCAGUCGUAGAUAGUCACUGUGAACACUGACUGUAAACAUCACUGUAAACAUGUACUGUAAACAUCACUGUACACAUCACUGUAAACAUGUACUGUAUAUAUUGACUGAUUUACAGUAAAGAUACACUGUAACUGUAAAGGUUAACUGUCAAGAUUCACUGUAAAGAUACACAGUAACACUGUAAAGGUUAGCUGUCAAGAUUCACUGUAAAGAUACAUUGUAAAGAUUCACUGUAACGAUUUACUGUAAAGAUUCACUGUAAAGAGUAAUUGUAAAGAUCAGCUGUAAAGAUUUACUAAAGAUUAACUGUCAACACUCACUUUAGGCACAGAGAUUCACUGUGAAGAUUCGCAGUGAAGAUUGGAGGAGUCGACAUCCUGGCAUGAUGUAUCUUCUCAGCUCAACAAUCAGCUCUUUUUUUCCCUCCUGUCCCUAAUGAACCACCAUACAUUUAAAACACUGGUCUCUCUCCCAGAUUUAUUAUUAUUAUUAUUAUUAUUAUUAUUAUUAUUAUUAUUAGUAGUAGUCCUAUUUAAAAGCCCAAAUUAGAACCAUCCAAUUAGAGGACUACUCAAGCCGUCAAAUGAUGGCUGGAAAGAAGAAUUCAAAUUAGCAUCCUCAAUUUGAGGAUGCUAAAUGGAUGGGGCUUUAACUAAUUUAACUGAAAAAAAGGGUCAAAAAGUCUGUAAAUUAAAUAUUCAAAACAAAGGGGGGGGGGGGGGGGGUGGUACAGCACACGCCACCCACAGCCCACUUGUCGACAAAGGCGGACAUGUCGCCUGCAGACUCCUCGUGGGCGUGCUUCAAAUUAACCCGGGAUCGGACCCGGGCCCUGAACAUGGCUCUGCAGUCAAAGAAACCCUCCCCGAUCAUCUUGCGCUUCCUGGUCUUGUAGAUGGCCAGUCUAGUGAGAGCCAGGAGCAGAUUCACCAGGUGGUUUCUCGUCUUGGUGGAGCCACAAACAGGGUGCCCAAAAAUGAGGAAGGUGGGUGAAAAAUGCAGCCAGAACUGAAGCAGGAGGUUCCUCAGUAGGAGAAAGAACAGCUGCAGCCUGGCACAAAGAAAAUAAAUGUGAGCCACCGACUCGGACUGCACACGCUUGCGCCUUCCUUUCCCCGACGCUAUCGGAGGGGGUCCUGCGACGGUGGGGAAUUCACCUCUGCUAGCGCCUUGCAGGGAGUGCAGCGAGACAAAGGAAAAAGACAAAACAGUGUUGUAUAUCAAACAAAACAACGAAAUCAAAAGAUUUUUAAAUCAAAAGGUGCACCACUACUUUAUAAAAAAGAAUAUGUAAAAGAUUUGAAAAAUGAAGUUUAACAGCUGUUUUUUAUGUUUUUAAAUUGAACUGCAGGAGCUCAGAAAGGUGAGACUUCUUAGCAGUAGUGGGAGGAAUAUUACUAGUAAGAGGAGGAGCCUGAUCACUGGAGCAGAGCUGAAUAUGCAUUCUGUAGUGGCCUGUCUCCCAGUCACACUGAUUCAAACCCAGUGAAUAUUUAUUUACUGGAUUGCUUGUAAAGACCCCAGUGAGAUAUUUAGUAAUUUAGCAGACAUUUUAAUCCAGAUCGACUUCCAGAGACUAGGGGGGGUGAACUCUGCUUUAUCAACAA